AUGUUAAGACCCACUCCUCUCAUCAUGGCAAACAGGACGAUUAUUCGAGCAGCAAAGCUCCAACCUUCCAGACUUCCGCAAGUCCCUCUUACUUCGGUGUGCGAAGAUUUUGUCGACGGGUUUUGCCGCCGCGGAUAUGAAUGCACCAAGAGCCACGACAUUUGUGCAGCCCCUAAUGAGAACUCUGGAUCUUCUUUCCUAGACUGCCCUCCGAACCUACUUUCCCUUGACCCCAGGUUUUCGCCGCGAGAGAGCCUGCCAUUUGACCAGGAUGGUCCAGGUCAAUUGUCACGAUACGGCGCGAGGCACAACAACGAUCAUGUAAAUAUCCAACAUAUCAAGAUCUUACCAACUACAGAUGAGAUAUUGUGUCGGCGAAAAACCUAUAUUCCCGCCAAAGAUCCAUCGGCUGAGCAUCAUCUUCCUUGUGGGCAGCAGAGGCUCUUGGAUGUUCAGUUUCGCCAAUUAAGAUUCGACAAUGUUGAACCGAUCAUAGAUUCUUGCUACCACGCAAGCCAACAGUUGACGCAAUUGAUAUCUUCGCCUCAUAUCUUGGAUUACGAUGACCGUAUGAAUACUCCAAAGGGAGUGCGCUAUUCACUCUUCCGCGACAUCGUAUUCGAGGAGCAAAUUAUGAGCUUCAAGGUUGGUGUCACUUUCAGGAUCAGCUUUGCAUGCCCCAAGGCAUUGCGCGGUCUACGCUUAGGCCCAUCGAAGCAUCUCGAGGAAGGAAUGCUCGUCGCACUAGUUGGGCUUGAUGAUGCGGAAACUUUGUCUACGACAUUCAUGGUAAUUGAACAGCGCCAAACCACGUUCGCCAUGAAGCCGCGUACUGGUAAUGAUCUUAGAGCUUCCGUGGUUCUAUCACUUGCCGACACGAGCGAUACUGAUGCGGUGAGACGCUUGCUUUACAGUUCAAAGGGCAUUAGACAAGAAAGAUCUGUCCUUGUUGAAUUACCAAACGUCUUGUAUGUUGGAUUUUACUGGACACUUAGAGAUUUGCAAAACAAGUCAGCAAGCAAUAAGGACUUGGCUUUCAUUACAUCUAUAGCUCCUUCCACUGCAGGCCCGAGCCCGGAAAUCUUGGUCCCCGAAUAUGCAACCGUGGACGACUUCGCUUUUCAGCUAAACAGCCUUCGCAAAAAGGGCGAUGUCUAUGCGAACCCUCUUACGCUAAGACCAAGGGACUUGGUGUCGGAUAAUGAAGCCAAGACCAUCGCCAUUGAUCACCUGUGCCAGGAGACCACACUCGAUCGUGGCCAGGCUACUGCUCUUUGCGAGAAUCUUUGCCGAGGCUUUGCCUUUACACAGGGCCCGCCUGGGACAGGCAAAACUUUUCUUGGUGUUGCCUUAACCAAGGUGCUCCUGGAAUCGCGCAGCCACGUUUCGCGGAGACCAAUAUUAGUAGUGUGCACGACCAACCACGCUCUUGAUAGCUUUUUGAACGACAUUCGACAAGCAGGGGUGACAAAACUCGUCCGACUAGGCGGUAACAGUAAGGAGAGUUGGACCAAGGCAUUCAGCUUACGAGCAGCAGCACGUCAACUCAAGAAGACCACGCUUGAGAGAAGCAGAGAGAGCCAGGCCCAUCGUCAGGUCGAAGGCUUAACAACUGAGGGUACAAGUUGGUGCGAGUCCCUCAACACAGACGUACUGAGCUGGCCAGCGGUUCGAGAGCUUCUUAAAUCAAAAUAUCCGGCAAUCUUAGAACGCUUCACUGGGCUCGAGAGAGUCGACUCGUCUCGGCUUGCAGAUAUUCGAUUGGCUCGCAAAGCUGGCGGUUUCGCCUUUGAGUUUUGGGGCAAAGGAGGCGACAUCAACGAUCUCGAUCGACUCCUAGACAAGUUCAGCAGUAUGCUCGGCAAUCAAUACGAAUUUCAAGAUGACGCAGAUGAUGGCGAUCUCCGAACAAAACACAGAGUGCUUGACAAUGUAGCACUAAAUGCGGCAAAUACAGCGGCUUCGGAUCCUUCGUCUGGCUGUAACGUUUGGAAAUUGAGCCUUAAAGAGCGACAGCGUCUUCUCAACAAAUGGAAAGAAGAGAUUGAUCCUCAGACCAUACUUGACCGAACAGCUGAAAUUCAUCGUCGCCAUCAAGUCGCUGUCUCGAAACGGUAUGAAGUGCAUCAUGAUACUGAUGCUCGGUGUCUUCGAGAUCAGGACGUUGUCGCGAUGACUAUGACAGCCUGCGCUAUGAAUUCUUCCAUGCUGAACCAAUUGAACCUUCAGACCGUCAUUUGCGAAGAAGCAGCAGAGGUAAUGGAGGCACAGACACUGUGCACUCUUUUUCCUUCCGUAAAACACGCUAUCUUCAUAGGUGAUCCAUUGCAGCUCAGACCCCAGGUGAAUGAGCCAGCUCUUUCUUUAGAGACGACAAUAGGGGCCUCUUACCGUUUAGAUGAAUCCUUGAUGGAGCGUAUGAUGGUACCAUCAACGCCCGGAGUACGGCCCAUUGCCUCAUCUCGUCUGGACUUGCAGCGGCGCAUGCACCCGGAUAUCGCCGAUCUAAUGCGUGCGACACUAUAUCCAUUUUUGCAGGACCAUGAGGUAGCGCGCUCUCGUGAGCCAGUUGCCGGCAUGUUGGACCGGGUAUGGUGGCUCGAUCACGGAAUGCCAGAAGACACUCCAGACCCCGGAUCGUCGAUGGCCAAAUCAUUUUCCAAUGCUUUCGAGGUUGAGAUGGUAGUCGGACUGGUUGAAUAUUUGAUCAACAGUAAUGAAUAUGACUAUCAGGAUAUCACCAUACUGACCCCCUACAACGGACAGCUUGCUGCUUUUACCCACCGCCUUAACGGAACGUGUUCUCUGUGGCUAAGUGAGAAAGAUCGGGAGAGCCUGUUACUGGAAGGACUAUUGGAGCCAGAAGAAGCUUCUUUUGGGGCGAAAGCGGAUAUAAACGUCGCGAGUAUGUUGAGACUGGCUACAAUUGACAAUUUUCAGGGGGAAGAGUCCAAAAUCGUCAUCCUCAGCACAGUGAGGAGCAACUUCGAGAGCCGUGUUGGGUUUCUCAAAACCCCGAAUCGUAUCAACGUUGGCUGCAGCCGUGCCAAGAAUGGCUUCUACAUCGUCGGUAAUGCGACACUGAUGAGUGCCGUACCAAUGUGGAAUCAUAUUUCUAAGGAUCUGUCUGCCAAGCGAAGAAUUGGACCGGCUUUCCGUGCAUGCUGUUCAAGACAUCCAGGCAAAGUUUACCAAGUCCGGAGCCCGGAACAGUGGUAUGAUAUCCCGGAAUGUGAGGUUCCUUGUGGGUCGAAACUUCCUUGUGGACACCCUUGUACCUUGAAAUGUCAUGCGCCAGCUCUCCAUGAUCGGAUCAGCUGUGCUCAACCUUGCCCAAGGCACCAUGAAGCUUGCGGUCACCGGUGUACAAAAAAGUGCGGCGAGCCUUGUGAAGACUGCGGGUCCGAGCUCUCCUCUGUUACGUUACUGUGCGGGCACAUGGCUGUACAGACUUGCGGAGGAACUCAAGAAGAUGACAAGAUCAUCUGCAAAACCCUUUUGGAGCCCAUCCGGUUGGAUUGUGGACAUAUACAACAGCCGGUAUGCUCGACCAAGGAUCAGCCCAUGAAAUGUAACGAGAUGUGCAAUCAACCAUUAGAGUGUGGACACCACUGCCGAGCCAUUUGCCAUACAUGUACUGUCAACAAAUCACAUCCGCCGUGUAGCUCACCCUGCGGCAAAGAACUCAAAUGUGGUCACCGUUGUGCUGAGAAUUGUCAUAUCGGCGGCAAUUGCCCUUCCUGUCAGCUCCCUUGCAAAAGAUCUUGUGGCCAUGGUAGCUGUUCACGACCAUGCAGCCACAUAUGUGACCCAUGUGUCAGACCAUGUGACUGGCCGGCUGAUUGUCCUCACAAAAGCUCAUGUUCCACGAUGUGCUGCCUGCCUUGCAAUCGUCUCCCUUGCAAUGAGCCCUGCACCAAGGUUUAUCUACCAUGUCGGCAUCUAUGUCCAAGCCUUUGUGGCGAGAUGUGUCCGGCAGGAUGUCCUGUAUGCAGAUACCAUGAUCUUUCCCAGAAGACAUAUAUUUUCCUUCCUUGCGGUCAUCAUUUCGAAGUAGAGUUUUUGGACAGACACCUUGGCCUUACUAACAUCUAUCGCCUCGAUACCUCUGGAAAUAUUGAGAAGGUUGAUUGUGAUACCAAAGGUCAAGUGACGAACAUGGUUUCGGCCUGUCCGACUUGCGGGAAAGGCUGCAAGAAAGUCCGACGGUAUGCUCUUCAUCAUCAGCUACUAGCUUUCAAAGGGAAUAUCGACCGGAUGCACACCAAGCUUAGUAGGAAGAUGAAUAUGUUCAUGGAACAACUGUACGACGGGAAGAUAAAAUUGGACAAGACCUUCAAUGACUUUCGUGAAAGACUGAGGCCGGGACCCCUGGCAGGUAGAAGCAACGCCGACCUGGUACGCUACCGCGGGAACACAUUAGAGGAAACUCAAAGCAGCAUCAGAGACUUCAAAGACCAAGUCGUGCAGCUCUUCGAAGACGACAUAGCUAAGCUUGCAGUCUUUCUAGGCAUCUCUCCUGUGUCUGUUGACGAUCUCCCGGAUAUCAACCUUUGCUAUCGACUCCGUUUCGAGGCGCUAUUCUUCAGAAGUAGACUGAUCAUAGUCGAAGAAAGCCUUAGGAUGCUAGGCGCCCUACGAAGUCUGGGUGAUGAUUCAGAGCACACUACCGUCCUGAUCCAAGGUUUAGAAGCGUUGACUAGAGACGAGGCCAACAUCAACAUCAAAGCUUUGAACACCAUCAUCACAGAAUGCGAAACCAAGAACUUGAAACGCCUUGAAGCCGAGACCCGUUUGAUACAGAUGUGUUUCCACAUCCUACUUAAAGACCUUGGGGCAGCUAGUAAUUUGAAGGUGGAAGACUCUUUGCGUCGGACGCUCAGCCUUUGCCGGACCUACCCAGAUACUGCAGGAGUGCUCCUUGUGACCUAUAAUGCAAUCAAGCUGGUGCUCAGUGGUGAGCGACGUCAGGGGAAUCUGUACACUCGGGGGUCAACGCGCAUAUGGUGGAGUUGGCCAGUGCAUAAGGUUGGGAACUUGAAAGAGUGCGUCCAUGGCCAUCAGUACUCGGCAUCGACCUGGCCUGAUUGCCCCGAGUGCGGAAGAGAAGUACCACCCAGUCCAAAGCCUGAGCCCGUGAACCCUAAGAAAUUCCUGGACGAGGACGCUUUCGUGGUAGCAAUGCGGACACAGACCUUUAGUGCUGCAUCAUAUCGAACAUGA